AUGACAGACCUGUCGGCUUCUGUACAGAGAGAGCUGCCUGAAAUCAUCGAGCAUGCUGUCACAGUUGAUUGCCGCGGAACAGGGGACAUGGGUGGGGUGACGAGAGCCAUCGCUGCUGCAGAAGCUCAGAGAACAGGGCUCACACCAAUCGAAGCCGUGUGCGAGUGGUGGAAACGCUCUUCACGAGACGCACCGCUUCUCGUGCACUUUGAAAACCCUCAGGCAAUAAACGGGACUACCAUGGCUGACAUCGUGCAUGUUUUGAGGUAUGUGACUCUGCUACUCCUUUCCGUUCACUCCAUCAAGACUUUUCUUUCAACAUGGCCAAUCACCGACUUCAGUGUGAUCGAUCUUCACGUUCUAAGCGGCGGGCGGCUACGCAAAGGCACCUCCAGUUUCGAGAAUGUUUUGAGAGCCACUCGAAAGACAGCACUGCAGUUCGGUGGGGACUUCGACGAGCGCAUUGGUUUAGAGGAAGAGGUUGUCGGGGGAGGCGUCUUCGCCAUCCUCAAGACCAUGAAGACUCAAAACCCAGCGCCGCGACUCUCAACGCUUUACGCUCUGAGUUUUCCGUCUGUUUUCCUCAGUGGCACGUCAGAUGCCGCGUGGGAUACCUCUCUAUCGGAGCAAAUGCGAUCACAAGUGACUCGCCAGCCGGUCACCGGCGACAUUGCAUCAGACGCGUUCCCAGAGCUUCAAGCCUUGUUCAACCUUUGGCAGGCUUCUGGAAAGUCGGUUAAUCUGUGGGAUUGGCUCGACAGCUUCCGACAAGUGGUGGUCCCCAGCGGCGUUGAGGAUGGAGGUGAACAUCAGCCCCAUGCUAUCGAUGACGACAUUGAUAGCCGUCUCCAUGCUCUAUUUAUCAGAUUUGUGGAGGAGGCGCGACUGUUUGGAACUGUAAGGGCGCGGGGGAAGAACACUGCCAAACGAGGCGACGAGGUGGUGAAAGGUGUCGUGAUGCCAUGA